GUUUCCGGUGUUUGUGGAGUGCGUCAGAGAAGCACCUGGGCGCACCUGCGGAGUCUGUCCGUGUCCGUGAGCCAAACAAAGUACAGUAUGAUCGUGUUCCGACGAAGCUACGGACUCACCGUGUGACAUGUGGCUGAAAUCAGAUACUGUACUGGAGAAACAUAAAAGGAGCCAGUGAAGCAAGUCAUUUUAAAUCAAAGAUGUCUGACCCUAAACCUGAGGAAGUAAGGACUGCACCUGUCCCGGAGCCUCAAACUGAAAGAAAAGAAAAGUUGGAGGGCUUGAAACCAAUCGGACAUGUUGAAAAGGACUUUGGGGACAAUUAUAAAGAACCAGAGGAGGAAGAAGAAGGAAAAGAGGAGGAGGAGGUGAGCGUAUGUGGAGCUAUGGAACCAUGCACUCUGCCUUGGCCUGGCGACAGGAAACCCCAAACAGAUCGAGAUGACGGGAUCUGGUCCGAGAAAUGCACCUCGGAGCCUGAAGAUGGCGACACCGGGAUCAGCGGGGGCAGCCAGGACAUUUCGGAAAAACAAAGCCAUGAGGGAGAGGAGGAAGAGGAGAAAAUCAGCAAUGUCAAGAGCAAAUGGAGAGAGAGCAUGCCAGAGGGUGAGAGGUGGAGGAGUGACGAAAUCCAACAUGGCAGUGAUAAAGGUGGAGGCUCCCUGGCUGAUGACGAAGAGGAGGAGGAGGAGGAAGAAGAGGAGGAAGAUGAGAAGAACUGGAGAGCAGAGAAAGGGGUGGCCGGGUUCACCCCUCAGGUCACCAUAGUUCGUAUGUCCAGUAAAGACCUGCAGGAGGAGGAGGAGAGGCCACUGUUUCAGGAGGCACAUGGAUACAAGGAGCCGUACCCAGAGCAGGAUUCAGUGCAGUAUCACGAGUGGCCACAACAUGACGACAAGCUCUACCUGUGCGAUGACACCUGUGGGGAGAGGCUGAAGCUGACAGUGUCUGUGGUUGCUGGGGCGCUCCUCUUCCCCCUGCUGGUGUGGGGUGGAUAUGAGCUGCUGCCUUUUGACUCUCCAGUGCUCAAUAGCGCCCCCCUCAGGGUGGUCUACACUCUGCGCUGCUCCAUGUUUGCCAUGAUCCCUAUAGUUCUUGGAGUGCUGGUGCAAGGCAUGGCGAGGCUGCGUUACGGCUCGCUGCGCCCACUGUACGACUGCCGACAGGAGUACAGGCAGGUGGCGGUCCAUGGACACUUCGUCAAUGAGUCUGUGGGGCUGUUCCUCUUCUAUUUCCUGCAACUCUCCGUCAUGGCAACCUACGUGAGCCAGAACCUGGUCAAACUCGUGCCUCUGCUCACCAUCAUCUUCGCUUUUGGCAGGCUGAUCUACUGGCUCUGUCUGUCUCUGCGCAGCACCAUCCGAGGUUUUGGUUUCAGUUUCUCUUUUGCCCCUGUGCUAGUGAUGCUGGGGGUGAAUCUGUACUACAUGUGCUCGUCUCUGGGGGAGGGCUCCAUAUUUGACGUGGAGCCCCCGCCUACUGAAGCCCCGCCCAGACAGCGCUCUUGGUUUGGCUGAAAAAACACGAAAAACAUUAUUAUAAAAGACAAAGAUACAAGUGUCACUGUGCCGUUUCAUACAUUGUGCUUUGAUGGUCAUUAUGUUAUGGUUGAUCAGCGUAAAUUCCUGGUCCAACGCCAUUUAUCGUUAUGUUGAAAACUGUGGUAUUUGUCUUUUUAAAGGUGCAUUGUGUAACUUUUCUAGUGGACGGUCCGUCAAAUGCUUGAUGUUAUUGCUUUGUAUGGAAUGUUUCCCAGUAUGGCAUUAAAUCUUUCUAUCUUCAGAGACCAAACCAGACAAAGUAAAAGGUCAGAUCUCAGAGAGGCAACCCCACCCAGUCAGAAUAUGUGGGGUUUUUUUUAGGUAUUUUUGAGCUAUAAAACCACCUGUAAUUGAGUAAAUGUAAAGUAGAUCUGUUUAAUGUCAUACUGUGGAAAAUUCCAGGCAGAGCAAUGGCAUUUCCAUAGAAACAAGAAAGUGACUGACUCCCAACUAAAAAUGUACAUAGUGCACCUUUUAAAAUCAAAGAAACUGUAAAUAAAAUGAUUCAAAGAGAUAUUAUGUAUUUUGUAAAAACAGAGAUACUGAGGGACGGGGAAUCGUGUGUAGAAGUGGACAGGACUUGGAUUUGUUUUGUGGCAUCCAGUAAAAUUAAGUAACUGACCUUUAUUCUGUUGUUUCUAUCAUUUUAACCUCAGUUGGAGACACUAGGUUCUCUAUAAUAAAUAAAAGCUGUGCCUCAUUCUCUGUAAGAAAUGUGGAAAUAUGAUGGUUGAUUCUGCGGCACUGAUCCUGUCUGCUGCUCCCAACCUGACGCCUUCUACUGUAGAGAAAUAAAGCUCAAAGUAUCUCAUACAAAGAAAAAAAAACACUGGGUAAUACAUUAUGUUAAAUAUAUGUUGUAUACUACAGACAUUUAAGCAUUUUACCCGUAGAUUUCACCUGGUAUUAUUAUGUCAAAUUAUGUCAAAAUCACUGUCAAAUAUCAAAAUUUGUGUGUAAUAUUUUGUUUACAUCAGUAAGAGAACUGUUAAGCCUUGGAGAUUUUCUAGUGCUCUUUUUGUAUUAAAGAUACAAAAGGAAUAUUUUUUGAUAUUUGGGCCAUGCAAUAAAACUUUAUUUCUUAUUACAA